AUGACGUCGUUGAUCGAUCUUCCUCCUGAGGUUCUGGGACAAAUCGUCCAUCAGGUUACUCUUGGGUCGGGGCUUCAGAAUUGGAGAUUGACGAACUCGUACAUUAACAAUAUCGCAACGGAGAGUUCUCGCACCUUGCUCAAUCAAUUAUGUCGGGUAUACCAAAUCUCAGAUCGUGUUCUUCAUUUGUAUUGGAGAUUUAAUCUUGAUAAAGCGGCUUCGGCUUCGGCUUCGCAAAGCGAGCAUCCUGAUCUGAAGGAUGUGAUUGCCCUGAACCACCUACUACAAACCACAAAUCUCAUUGCCAACGAUUGGAAUCGAAGACGGAUAUCUGAAAAUGGAUCUGGACGAUUCGCCAAACCAAGCAGCGAGCCAUACAUGCUCUUUAGUGCAUUCACUCAUCAACUCCGACGGUCGCAAACAGUCUUGUCCAUGACAGGUACCAUACUAGCACCAUGCUCGAGUGGCCAAACGUUCGCCCCCAAAGUCCUCGCCGACAGCUUCGUGCACUUUCUCGAAUCCCAACUAACACUCAGCGAGCUGGAAGACAUCAUUUCAAUCAUCAACAUCUGCGUCACCAAGCUAUGGUCGACAGUAUUCCUUCAUCGACCAAAGGAUGCUACAGUGACUAGCUUCGCGUCUCUGAGUGGAUACAUCACCAACACCGACCAAGCCAUUUUGACCGAACAUGUGAUUUGGCGGGGUCCCCGGUGGGUAGCUCGCGUUAUCGAAGAAUAUGGUAUCGAUUAUGCCGAUUGUGGCUCUGCAGGUGAUUGUACCGAGGCGAGGGUCCCGGAUAGGCUUGUAACAAAUGGAAUCUGGACAGGGUCUCAAGCAGAUGGUGCGAUUCUUGCUGCAAAUGGUAUGGCAAGAUUGCUCUGGAGAGAACGACAACGGAAGAUUGAUGAACAGCAAAAGCACGCUUCUCGAGAAGGAGGGAAUGUCGUGCGUGUCUCAGAGGUACAUACAAACCCUCAAGUUUGGCGUGGUUCUUCUGGUGAUUUGUGA